UUUAAAAUAUAAAAGGAAAUAAAGGCCAAUAUAAAUGUUUCCGUUACAUAGCUAAUAUUUACUAGAAUAUUACCUUAUAGUAGUGAAAAUGUUAUCACAGCAAUUAGAACUAUUAUCAGAGAGCCCUUUGCAAUGGACAUCUGUUUCUUAUGUUACCCCGGAAAUACAGAAAAAGGAAAUCCGACCAUUUGUUUUGUUGGCUCUGAAAGAGUUGGAAGGUGAACCAGACAGUAGAACGUCCAGUUUACAGAAUGCUAAUAAGUUUGCAGCAGUCAGAUCUAUCGUAAGGCAUGUUGCAAGGUCACGCUCGGCUACCAAAGAGCCGUGGAGUGCUAGCGACAUGCAAAUAUUUUUAGAAGGACUAAGACUUUCUCCGGAGUGUGCGGCCGAGUUGACAGCAUUCCUUUGUACAGAUAAAAUAUAUGAAAACAUACCGAAACAUGUACGAGUGAAACCUGGAAUAGUUAAUAUGCAAUGGAAGAUUGAUUUAUCUUUAAGCCAAUCAAACAUACAAUUAGAAAAUGCAACUCCACAGCGUUCAAAAGAAAUCAUGAACAGAGAUACGCAGGUUAUUCUUAUAUUUAAUUUAACAGAUGGACAGACGAAGACAUACAGAUUGUCUAUAAGUAAAUUUCACGAGCUAAGAUAUAUUGUCGCAAGUGCCUUGAAAAGUAUGAUAAUAUUGGAAAAGAGGAAAUGUAUGAAAAGGGACUGACAAAUACAUUUCUGGGGGUAGUUUAACUUUUGGGGGUGAGCUGAGAUCCAUGAGCCGGACGAGCCUAAACGACCCAUUCAAUGUUGUGAAAUCAUUCGAAAGAGACUAAACUGUUUAUUGUGUUAAUUAACUCUAUGUUAAUGUUUAUAAAUUAUAACAGAAUAUAUUCAUAUUUAACGACGCUUGAUGCGCCAUCUUGUUUAUUCAAGAUUUUGAAUGCCACUGUCGAUCCAAGAUGGCUGACUCGCUACCAUUGACGCGACGCUUGACAAGAUGGCGCACCAUGCACCGUCAUGUUUAUUUAUAUGUAAACAAUAAUUUUAAAUUUACUCCUGUCAAGUUAAUAGUCUAAUCAAAAUAUACUUUGUUAAAGUAAGCUCUUGUGAGCACAUUUAAAUUUUUAUAAUUAAAUUUAAAUUUACCUCUGGCGUGGAAUGAACAUUCUUCCAAGAAGAAUCAACAAGAAAGUCAGUAGUUAAUCGUUUCAACCAUUUUAAUUACAGAUUAUGUUAAUAAAUUACAAUUAUAUUUAUAUAUAUCCUGCCUAGAAAAUAAUAAAUACUAAGUCAACGUUUUUUAAUCUGUGGUAUAAAGCAGGUGAAUCGUCAUAUUACAGCGUUAAAUUUAAUACCGAUUCAGAAAGUAUCUAUCGAGAGGAACCGGCAAGAAACUCAGUGGUUACUCUUUUCCAACAAUCAUUUACAUAGAUUAUUAAAUAUAACGAUUGAAUUUAUUAUUGUAUUUAUUACGUAAUAAUGGAAAUCAACGAAUAUUAAUUUCAAUUUUUUUUUUAAAUUGUUUAUCAAGUAAUAUGUCUCACAGUCUCGUGAAUCUAAAGUUUUAUUAUAGACGCGAUCGCCUUGUCCAAAGAUCAAUUGACUUUGAUACAUCUUCUCGGUUUAGUAUUUUUUCAGUGGGGCAAUACAAAAUCUUAUGUAAAUAUACAAAUUAUUGGCCCAUACGUAACGUCACAACAGCAAGAAUGUUGGGAUUGUGCCAAUAUAGUAGUCAGUUUCCCCUGCGGACGCCACACGUCAUUGUCCCCCUGUGCCCAUCCUUCUUUCGUCGGGUACAUCACUGCUCUGCCCGCAAAGUAAUCAGCGAUGGUUCUUCUCAAGGUAUGCUGGCACACUGUGGUAUCUCAUUCCCUCUUUUAUAACUUCCCCGGGCAUGGUGUUGAAGGCGUUGGAAAUAUCCAACGACACUGCCAACAGUACCAAACCCCGGGAGACCUCAUCCUCUGCCAGCUCCCUUAUCCUGGCGAUCGCAUCCAGCGUCGAGCGGCCGGGGUGAGAGCCGAACUGGAACUCGCUCAGGCCCUGCUCCAUAUUGCCGACUGGACGGGCUGCAAGUAUACGCUUAAAGAGCUAGCUCGCCUUGCCGAGCAGCACGGUAUCGGUAUCGGUAGGCCGACGGCUGAUCGGGGGCUCGUCCCUGCUUACGGAUGAGUACGAGCCUACCCGUUUUCCACCGAUGCAGAAACCUACCCUGAACCAGGCAGGCGGACAACAGCUGGCGGACGCUAUCGCCUAUCGCAACGGUCUCCCCCACGGAUCUUUCUCGGGCGUCGCGAGCCAUUUUUGCCACGCCGCUUCCUUCGCCUGGGCUAUAGCCUUUUUCAAUACAUCGCGGCGGCUCUGUAGGCGGCGUAGAGGACGUCUUCCAAAUUGUGAUCGCGGACUCUCCUCCUCCUGCACCGAGCGUAUUGGCGUCGGACGGCAAAGCAUGCUCUCCGGAGUUGUCGGAGUUCCGAGCGCCAGUACACACGGCGUGUUGGAGUCUGAGGCUUCACUCUCCGCUCAACAGCGGGCUGGACGUCGUGAACCGCGGAGACAUCAAAUCGGAUAUAUCUGUGAUCCGAUCCGAAGGUCGGCGAUUUCGGGCGACCACCAAUAGAUGUGCCUUCUCAGCCAGCUUCCCUGCCUGCUCCGCUUGGGCCCUCGGUAGCUCGAGUACCCUGGCCACUGUCGCCGUCCGUCUCACUUUCAGGGCGCCACAGAUGCCGAGGUCUUGGAGCUUCACUCCUUGCUCCGCCCUCUCCUUGACCUGAGCGUAAGUGACGCCCUUCUCCUCAGCCGCCGGCUGCAGCGUGAGCACGAUGGCAGCCGUGCGCGGAGUGGCCAACUUCGGCUUGGCCACCUGAGGCUUCCCUUCCUGCCCUUCUUCACCACCGUGGACCAGGACGUCUCCUGGUUCGGUGUUUGGGACGUCGCCGAUGCAACCGCUCACCGUCGCACAUGAAGGACCUGCGGUUGGCGAUUGUGCCGCUGGUGGGGCCGUUUUGCUGGCCUUUUUCGGUUUCGCCGACUGGCGGGCCGCCGACGCGUGAGACGGAGUCACCUCUUGCGGUUUAUCCGCCGCGGAGGGACGUCGCUGCAUCCUCGCAGGGAGGCGCUCCUCCAGGCCCGCCAGUAGGUCCUUCAUCGCCGCGCAGGCGAAACCUUGUGCAGGCGGUUGUUGUCCGCCCGGAGCCUCCUGCUCUCCUCGGCCUCCGUCCGAGAGGCGAGGGCCUCGACCACACCCUCCAGACAGGUCGCUGCGUCUUUUAGUUUUUUAAUAAACCCUCCUUUUAGGUUGGAGGAUUUAAGUGCGACCUCUCGUAUCUGGGCCGCAUUUCGGCCAGCCUCCGCGCGGAGCUCCUCGGCGCUUAGGUCGGCUGGGUCUGCAAUGUUUUUUGCAGGGGUCGGCUCGUUGACCACAGGCGCCGCAGCCGGCACCUUUUUAAAGGCUCGGCUGCGCAGGGUACGCUCGAAGGCGAGUUCCCUAUCUUCCUCCUCCUUCUUUUUUAAUUCAGCCCUAGCUUGGCUGAGCCCGUUCUUUGUGUUGCCGCGGCGGUCGGCAGUGGGUCUCGCCGAGUCGGAGUCCGAGUCGGAAACGUCAUGGUCGACGAACCGGACCAAGGCGUCCGACGCUGUCUCCAUGUCCGUAUCCAUAUUUUAACUUGCAAAAGCAGCUAAAAAGCAGCUUCCCUCAGGAAGUACUGGGCUGAGGGUGGCUCUAAGG